UUCGGGGACCCUGCCCAGCCGUGUUGGUGCAAGCAGCUGUUUGGCAUAAGCAAGCCCAGCAAACCAACCAGGAGCAAGAACCGCGACCCUCCCGACGGGUCCCAAGGCCGACCUUGCGGGGGCGGAGGAGGCGCUGUCUGCUGGCAUUGAUGCGGUGAUGUCUGCAAUGUCUGGGGAGGCACGCUUCACGAACGAGAAUGAGGUUGCUUUUGCCCUACUUCGCAAGGGCUGUCGCCACUCCGCAUGUGGAGAGCGGGCUUCGGCGCUCAGGGAGGUGAUCCCAGAGCAACAGCAGCUCAUCGUCUCCUUCUUGGCGCGAGUGGCACAGCGACGGCGGCGGAGUUGUCUUCGCCGGGUAAAGGAGCUGGGGGAAAUCUUGGCGAAGGCUUCACCUAGUUGGCAACAUCUUCUCGAGAACGCGGAACCACUUGGGGGAGCAUCUGGGCUUUUGAGCGAAGAACUUCAGGCGUUAAGCGCGAAAGUAGAAGAUGCUGAAGGCGAAGCAGGCGGCCGUGGCCAUGCAGUGCUGCAUGCAUUGCCGACGGUGGUGAGGAUCGAAGAUGAAAGUCGGGUUUUCCUGCGGGAGCGACGAAGCCAACGGUAUUUGUCAAUAGCAGGCCCGCACAGUGUGGUGAUGACAGAGUUGCCGGUGUCUUUGUUUAUAUGUCACUUGGACGGCCAAGGUGCCUCUGAAUUCUGGUCAUCCUGCAUUGAGGCGGAAGAAGCACGUUUGAAGACGAGGUCGUUGAUCGAUGGACCUCUCAGCUUUGCUUUGGAACAUGAGGGCCUUCCAUCUCAUCGGCAUUUCCUCGGCUCUAGGAGGAUUUUUACGGAACUUUGCUGUUCCAGUCAACGGCUUGGCAGGCGUGAGCUCUUUCGUCUGGGGAAGGACACUUCUUUGCAACACCAGUGUACUGGCAUGUGCCUCUACGUGGACCCUUUGGGCCCGCAAAAGGUGGUCUUGAGCGCUGAAAAGAGCAGCUCUUGGGAGGUCCUUGCCGCCAUUUGAGGUACAGCCAACCUUUGAAGCGUGGGCAGUUGAAAGCUGCACUGUACAGAUUGGGCCUCUGUGAUAGCAGACGGCCCUGAGGCGAGUGAGUGAGCUUUGGUGGUCGAGUCUGGGUCUGAGACAUGUC